GAUCCCGCGGAGGAGUCGCGAAACUUUUCAAAGACCGAUUCCCUUCCAUCAUUGUAUGGCCUUGUGCUAGCCAUAGGCUGGAAUCAUCAGUCCACGAGAUCGUGAAAGAGGUGUGGGGCAUCAAUCGAUUUAAGAGUUUUAUGGACGACUUAUACGUCAUGUACCAUUCGUCUCCCAAAAAUGCAAGGGAGCUCAAGGCCUGUGCCGCCACGCUAGAGACGGAGUUUUUGAAAAUCGGAAGGAUCCUGUCCACAACGUGGGUGGCCUCCAGCUACAGAGCCGUGACAGCUGUCUGGAAGGAUUACGAAGCCCUCGUCCGUCAUUUUGAAAAAGCUCAAACGGAGAGUGGUCGAGAUAGAAGGGAGAGGCAGGCCUACGAAGGCCUUCAGAAAAAGAUCACGUCGUCGGAAUUCGUUUUGGAUCUCGGAUUGCUCUGUGACGCUUUGCAAGAGGUCUCAGAAUUGACUGUCGAUCUGCAGGAGGGGAAUAUCGAUCUGUACCGAGCCCAUGGCAAGAUUGAGAGUCUCGUUGAGAUAUGCGGGGAGAGAGGCACUGGGCCAGGUCCUUACUAUCGAGAAGCCCUCGAGGCGACAGCAAAGCUGCAAUUUAAGGGUGUCCAGUUGCGCAGGAGAAAUCGAAUGGAUGACCCACCAAUCUCCCCAGUCGCAUUCUAUGAGCAGCUCAAGAAAUCUCUCCAAAAAAGACUGCUUUCGCAAGAAGACACAGAAUUUUCAAGAUGUGGAAGAAUUCUGGAGUCUCAGAAUUGGCCUGCAUACCCCAGUGACUGUAUUCUCUAUGGGGAAGCAGAAAUAGGCGCUUUGGCAAGGAGGUUUCGGCUCAGUGAGAGAGAAGCCAUCCGGGCCUUCCGAGAGCAUCUGAAAUACAGAGAAGAAAUGCCCAAGCCGCUUUCUCGGCUCUGCCACGUUUUCAAUACAGUUGCCAUUUCCUCCCGGGAGUGUGAAAGGGGCCUUUCCCAGAUGAACUUGAUCGUCACUCCCGAAAGGUCCUCCUUGAAAAUCAAAACCAUCACGUCCUUAUUGUUCAUAAGAAUGGUUGGACCUCCUCUUCAAAUCUUCGAUCCGACGACGUUUGUGACGACGUGGUUGCUUCAGGGUUAUCGUUCCCAUUUGGACACCCAAAGCAAGACCCGGAAAAGAGCCGAGGAGUCCGGCGACAGGAUGAAACUUUGGAAAGCCCUGUGCUGCUGAGGUGGAUCUGUUCCUUCUGGACGGUGCGAGCUCCGCUGAGAGGAAACGGCUGCAAAGAGGUGCAAGAAUGGCUUUUGCCAAGAUGGAGACAUCUAUGAUGUCCUGAUCGGGCCCGACAGAGUGACCUGCCUGACGUGAAGGAGCACCGAAGAUGUGAAAGGCAGAAGCCGCUGUGCCCCCGGCGAGGUUUUCCCAUCGAGCUGACACCUACAGAGGCUUUUGAGGAAGACCCGACCGAAAGCGAAUAGGA